AUGUGUGUAUCUAAACUACCAUUCGAAAUUCUUACGCAAGUCGCCGACAAUUUAUCGGCAAAGGACAUACUGUCUUGUUCUCUUACGUGCAAGGGAUGGAGAGACCCGUUUCAAAAGGCCCUGUGGAAAGAGAUGCGGCUUUAUAGCUUUCACGGCAUGCAAAGACUUAUCUACAUCAUUCAAGACUCCCAAGGUGUAUCCACAUCGUACCCGCAUUUGGCUCACAGUCUAUGCAUAGAUGGUCGUUUUCGUACACCACUAAAUUCAGUUUUUCAAGUUUCUGACCUGUCACUUUACCUGCCAAACGUAAAAAGAUUGUGUCUCGUGAACAUAAGCCAGACGAACAUUUGUACAAGCCUAACAAAAUCACAUAAAAUAUGGAAGUCGCUGGAAAGCUUGAAAGUAGAAUACGAAAGAAGUCUAUGUGGUUUUAUGACGCAAGGUCUAUUUGCCUUUAUAAAUACGUGUACCAUGCUCAAUACACUAGAGAUAUGCGAUGAUGGAUUUGGAUUUGCCAUAAGCCCCGGUGUGGGUACCUUUGACGAUAUCCACCAACGCUUGCAACACCUGUCAUCUAUCAAGGCUGGAUUUUUUCUCGGACCUGUAAUUUUGGAUGCACUUGACACGGUCCCAAAUACGACACCGGCUUUCUCUGUAACAUCUCUUGACAUAAGCUCAAUAGAAUUCAAAGAAAGAGGCUCAAUUGGUGAUAAUGACGGCAGUGGAGAGGAUUGGCACCCUUUGUGGAUAUAUUAUUUUGGAUACAAGUAUCCAAACUUGCUUUCCCUAAAGCUAGAAGUUACAGAUCUAUUUGAGGAUCCUAUACUCUCUGACGAAAGAGAGCUAAUUAUAUCUCUUUUUCACGCCAAUCCAAACGCAUUUCAACACCUGGAGACAUUCGAUCUCACGACCGACAGUAAUAUAGAGUUUUCCGACUUUAUGCUAUGGGAGCUGCUUUGUCCUUUAAGAGUUCCUCUUAAGCAUUUGACAUUACAUGCAACAAAUUUCGGCACAGUGGAGCAUUCAUACCCAAUGGAUAUUGACAGGAUUUUACAAUCCUUUUCUGGAACACUCGAGAGCCUUUCGGUCAGAGGAUUUAAAUAUAGUGAGAGGAACCAAGAUCCAACUAUAAAUCUAUCCUCUCACUAUCCGCUUUUGACCAAUCUUUGCAUCAGUGGCAGUCAGGUGUCUCUUAAUCUAGACGACCUGUUGAAUAAAUGUGUGGCCCUCGAGCAGCUGGAAUACUGUGGUGGAACGUUGGUCAUCAAUUCGAACACGAUAACAGAGGAGUCAAAUCAGCAUCAGGAACAACAUGGACUACAGAUUUUGAAGUUACGCGAUUGUUCUGUGGCCGCUGAAGCAUUUGAGCACCUCUCUUUCAGGUGCAAAAACUUGGACUAUAUGGAUGUGAGUGCUUUGUCCAUCACGGGACCCAUUUGUGCAAAAGCCGGAUAG